CUCUCUCUUUCACUUUCCUCUCACUUUUUCCAUUCGUCAUACUGUACACGUACACUUUGCCCAACCCCCCACUCCCUUCUUUUUUUUUUUUCCAUCUUCACCGACAGACUGUGUCUUUGGUUUGACAAUAUUUUUGACUUCCGGACAAGUCACUAGUUCUGUGAACAUUCUUUUUUCCCUUCCUUUUUUUUAUUGCCCGCCCUUUUCUUCUUGAAUUCCCCCGACCACCCCCACCAACCGCAGCAUAGCCACUCCCUUACGUGAAUAUUCUCUCCUUUUUGUGCCUUCAAAUACAUACCUUAGGUACUCUCCUUUCGGCUUGCUCCUGUUGCAGAAAGACAGGAUUCAUUCUCUUCAGUAUCAUCGAGCAAGUAAAGAUCACAGGCAUCUUUAGAGGGUCACGAAGACAGUCAUUUCCGAAAAAUUGGUGGUUUUCUUCCAACAUAUAGUCGAGCUGUUUCAAGUCUAGCAACUACUAUUACCCAACUCGCCACAUCCGACUCGGAAAAUCAUAUUCAAAAUGCAAUACCAGACUAUCUUCACCUCCAUCUUGCUGGCCAUCUCAGCCAUGGGCGCCAAUGCUCGCCCAAUGCCUCACGGCCACAAGAACGUCGGCGUUCCGCAGGAGCACUUCGAGGUCCUCAAGAUGCGCGCCUCAAACUCUGUCAACUCCAAUGCUGUCACUGAUGUCAAGUGCAUAGACCCGAAUGCUCGUAUCGUCUUCCAUGACCAAAACGUCGCUGAGCUUGCAAUCUGCGGGGGCAUAGCUGGCAGUAUCACCAAGUGCCAGGGCUCGCCACAGGAGACGACGGGAGAGUCAGGCUCCGCCAAGUUCGAGCUCAAGGCUGCUCAGCAGGGCGCCACCAUCAACAUCUCAAAAGGCCGCUGGGAACAAUGUGUACGCGCCGCCCGUGACGCCUGCCCCACUGGAACCAUGAGCGGGACAUGCGUCGGGGGCGCCUCAUCUGGAGAUGUUAACUUUACACUCAACAUACAAUGAGGUGUUUAGAGUUUUGGUUUUCUUUUUUUUUAACUAUCCAGACUUUAUCAGCGGUCUGUGGCUCCUGUUGGGGCUGUGUUGUUUGCGAGUAUUGUAUUUUUCAUGACAUGGGGGAAAUACCAUUUUGCAUUUGGGGCCUUUCAUCACCUUAGGGGCAGGCGAGCGUGCUCUUUUUCUUUUGUCAUUCUUUAUUUUUUUCUUCUUUUUCUAUCUUGAUCCCCAUGUUCCGCACACUUCUUGGAACGGUUUACGUUUGUACGAGUUUCAUGGGGCGUCGACGCAACAGGGAUAUCGAGAGAGGGAACAUCGGGGAAGAAUUCGUUCGGAUUGGAGGGUCAUUGGGAAACGCUUUGCAAGCUGUUAACCCACGUGUUACAACUUUCUUCUUUUUCUUCAACUAGGACAUAUCCUGAAACACAUAGAUCACAGAGCCUUGUAUAUAACACGAAAGAAAAC